AUGUUUUCUGUUUGUGUAUUCAGUUUGUAUUCAGUCUGUAUAUGUUGUUUUCAUUUAACUUAUGUGAGUUUUUCCGAAAUGGGACGGUUUUUCUUGCAGCGUUUUCACUUGCCAAACAUCGUGCUGUUCCAUCCUGACAUUCGCCAGGUUUCAGCAACCGCCUUCCAUGGAGAUAUGGUGGUGGUGUGCAGCGCUCCCAUGUGCGCACACUUGGUAGCUCGCUUGCAGAAGGCUGGAACUCCAGAUGCGACCCCGGUUUGA